AAAACCUUCUGCGUGUUAAAUUUAUUUAACAGGGUUUCCAACGUGGCUCUUUUUCACUGAUUAAUUCACAUCGGAACCCCUGAACGGUGCCUGUUUGCCUGGGAAGAAAUUGAUCCAAACACUACCUCACCCAGGCUGAUGCAAGUUGAACGAGUGAGCUGUCAGUGGCGUGAAGGAUACGUCAGUGUGGAGAAGAUGACAGACUGUCUGGGAGACGGGGAAGGAGCCAAGACUCCAAUGGAGCUCUAUGAGGAACUGACAGCACAAGGAGACCAAGUCAGGGCCUUGAAAACAGCUAAAGCUGAGAAAUGUUUGGGUUCCCAGACUGAAAUUGAAGCUGCUGUCCAGUUGCUGAUAAAAUUGAAAGUGGACUACAAACAGGUGGCAGGGCAGGACUACAAAGCAGGUUGUCCGCCCUCAGAAAACUCUGUUGCCCCUGACAACGGGCCAGCAGCAAGUGGCGGUGACGAUGAAGACACAGUUGACCCGUGGAAUGUUUCCACCACCAACGCAAAGGGAGUGGAUUAUGAUAAACUCAUAGUGAGGUUCGGCAGCAGUAAAAUUGACAAGGAGCUGGUGGAUAGAAUAGAAAAAGUUGCGGGGCAGAGACCUCACCACUUUCUACGAAGAGGAAUCUUCUUCUCACACAGAGAUAUGCAUCAGGUACUGGAUGCGUAUGAGAAGCAGAAGUCCUUCUACCUUUACACUGGCAGAGGUCCGUCGUCAGAGUCCAUGCACGUUGGUCACCUUAUCCCCUUCAUCUUCACCAAGUGGUUGCAGGAUGUAUUUGACAUACCCCUGGUGAUUCAGUUGACUGAUGAUGAGAAGUACCUGUGGAAGGAUCUAACACUAGAAGACUGCCACCACUUCGCUGUGGAAAAUGCCAAGGACAUCAUUGCCUGUGGCUUUGAUGUCAACAAGACCUUCAUCUUCUCUGAUCUCGACUACAUGGGUGCAUCCCCUGAAUUCUACAGGAAUGUGGUAAAGAUCCAGAAGCAUGUAACGUUCAACCAGGUCAAAGGCAUCUUUGGCUUUACAGACAGUGACUGCAUUGGAAAGAUCAGCUUUCCAGCCAUCCAGGCAGCGCCGUCCUUCAGUAACUCUUUCCCACAGAUCUUUGGAAGCAGAAAAGAUAUCCAGUGUCUCAUCCCCUGCGCCAUAGACCAGGACCCCUACUUCAGGAUGACCCGUGACGUAGCUCCAAGGAUCGGCUAUCCCAAACCAGCCCUGCUGCACUCCACCUUCUUCCCAGCGCUGCAGGGGGCACAGACCAAGAUGAGCGCCAGUGACGCCAACUCCUCUAUCUUCCUCACCGACACACCCAAGCAGAUCAAAAACAAGAUCAACAAACAUGCGUUUUCGGGCGGAAAAGACACGGUGGAAGAGCACAGGCAGGAUGGUGGAAACCCGGACGUAGAUGUCUCCUUCAUGUACUUGACCUUCUUCCUGGAGGAUGAUGAACAACUGGAGAAGAUCAGACAGGACUACGCAAGUGGAGCUCUCUUAACAGGAGAACUGAAGAAGAUUUUGAUUGAGACUCUGCAGCCAAUGAUUGCCCAGCAUCAAGAGCGACGCAAACAAGUCACAGACGAGACAGUCAAGCAGUUCAUGACACCCAGGCGCUUAAAUUUUCAUUUCUAGCCUGCUUGAUCAACUGUCAAAGUUCAUCAUGUCACUAAUCUCAGUACAAGAAGAAAUAGUUAAUCAUUGAAGGUUAUUGUAAUUUGUAAUGGGAAGACAGGAUAUUUUCUAAUCUGCAUCAGGACUUGAGAAAGAACUGAAAUGUAAAUUACUGCAGCGGUGAUGUGCUUCUCUGUGUCAAACUCAGCAUGGCCAUAUCUUCAUGCUAAUUGUUAUGCUACUUGCUUCACACUGCACCAAAUGUACACAUUUAUCUUCAUGAAGUGUUUGUGUUUUCAGCGCUGCUGUAACGUCAGAUGAGCCCUACUCCUCGCCCUGAAAUCAGCUCAGGAUGAAUGACGAUUAAAGCGGAGUACAAAUGGA